AAACGCGUGUAUGCGCGUGGCGUGAGUCAUGGUUGUGGGCUGAACAGAAAGGAAAUUUUCUCUCUGACCUGAGAACGUGUAACGAUCUCUUUUGUAUCCAAGUGCAAUAACAAAAGUAAUAUUUUAUGAAAGAGUACAGCUCGAAAUGAUCGAGUCAUGUACGAAGAAACGAAUGUUAAUCGGGAUCACAUUAUUGGGAGGGUUGACGGUAUUAGUAUUAAUUGUUGAGAGUCAUUGGACAGAUAACCCUAACAAGCUGUAUUUGGAAAACUUUGAGAAUACCACUACAUGCAUUUCUGUGGAGGAGUACGAGAUAACUUCGGAAUGCCAUCCUUGUACUGCUUUUGAAAUAGCAAGUAAAAGCAUAGAUGUAUGCAUCCAUGCCAGGUACAAGGAAGUGUUGAAAUGUAAGAGCGGAGAGAUUAUAACAAGAAGUUGUGACAGAGUGGCUUGGCUGGAAGAAAGAGCAUUUUGGAAGUUUCAAGCAUUGACGUUUGCCUUGGCGUUUUCUUCGUGCAUCAGUGUUUAUUGGAGGGAAAACAUUUUAAGACAGAGAAUAAUAAGAAAGGUAGCCAGACAAUUGAGAGCCAGUGCAUAAGAGUGGGUAGCUUAAAACG